AUGGUUAAGGACAUGAGGAGUAGGAUGAGUUUGUUUGUUGCUGGAUUGUGUCGCUCCUUAAGCAAAGAGGACCGGGUAUCAAUGCUUAUUAGAGACAUGGUCAUUUUGAGGUUGAUGAUCUAUGUGCAGCAGAAACUGAAGGGCCCUACUCCAUCAUCUUCUAGUGCACCUGCACCUAAGAACAAUGGUGAAUACUAUAGGCAGCGUUCCAGAGUUAAUCCUUCCUAUUCACAGGGUAGCAUGGCGCAAAGUGGUAGUAAGCCUCCUGCCUGCGCCAAGUGUGGUAGAAACCACUCUGUCGUUUGUUGUGAGGGCUCUGCGGAUUUCUUCAAGUGUAGUCUGACAGGGCAUUUCAUGAGAGAGUGUCCAGAGAAUAUGCAAGGAAAUGGUAGUGGGGGAAAUAAAGCCCAGUCUUCUUCAGUUAGUCCACCAGAUAGGGCUGCACCUAGAGGAGCGACUUCCGGAGCUGGUGGGGGAACAAAUCGCUUGUAUGCUGUCAACUAG